AUGCAAAAAUUAUCCAAGUCGAUCCUUGUUCAUGGUAGCAGAUCUGCUACUACCAUGCCUACAGCAUCUUUGAAUUUCAAAAGUAGUUUAGCAUCUGUUUGUACCAGACCCAUCCACAUAUGCAGAGCCCAGUCUAUGUUGAAUCCAACAAGAAUUCAAACUCGAUUGCCAACCAGCAUUCUAUCAAAAGGAUUUUCCAAUUCAGCUAGCGAUGCAUGGGGUAUGAGCCAAAGUAGUAACCAUGUUCUACCAACAAAUACUAUUAUCAAAUUUGUUCCACAACAAGAGGCUUGGAUUGUAGAGCGAAUGGGCAAGUUUGAUCGCAUUCUUGAGCCAGGUCUUGCUAUUUUGAUUCCCGUUUUAGACCGUAUUUCGUACGUCAAAAGUCUUAAAGAAGUUGCUGUUGAAAUUCCAUCUCAAAGUGCCAUUACGCAAGACAACGUUACACUUCAACUGGAUGGUGUGCUGUACUACCGAGUGAUUGAUCCGUACAAGGCUUCCUAUGGAGUAGAGGAUGCUGAUUUUGCAGUUGCUCAGUUGGCAAAAACAGCAAUGAGAGCAGAGAUUGGUCAAAUGUCGCUUGAUCGCACUCUGGCAGAACGUACUCAGCUUAAUGCCAAUAUUGUACAUGUAAUGAACACUGCAGCCGAGAAUUGGGGCAUCCGAUGUCUAAGAUAUGAGAUUCGAGAUAUCCAUCCACCAGAAAAUGUUGUAGCUGCAAUGCAUCAGCAAGUGAGUGCUGAGCGUAGAAAGCGAGCCGAAAUUUUAGAGAGUGAAGGUUCUAGACAAUCGGCAAUCAAUGUAGCUGAAGGACAAAAACAGUCGGUGAUUCUUGAAUCUGAAGCCAUGCAAGCCAAGCAAAUCAAUUAUGCCAAGGGAGAAGCCGAGGCAAUAUGGAUGCGAGCAGAUGCACAAGCUAAAGCGAUUUUACGUACGGCGCAAGUGAUCCAGCAAGAAGGAGGACACGAUGCAGUGUCGCUUGGCGUUGCAGAAAAGUACAUUGAGUCGUUUGGACAGAUCGCAAAGGAAGGAAACACGGUUAUUGUGCCAGCGAAUGUAGGGGAUGCAGCAGGAAUGGUAACGCAGCUUAUGGCAGUGUUUGACAAGGUCAAGAGCAAGUCAGGAUCUAAACAGUAGUUGAAGUAAAACUGAUGAAAUCGACAGAUUCAUAAUGAAUAAACACACGUGAUCAGAAUGGUCAGAUUGAUGUAAA